AGUUAGCAGAAAACGAAACGAGAGAGCAUUGGUAACACAGUCAGCUGCAGUCAGUACAAGUCAUCCGCGGGGUCCGAGGAAUUUUACAGAAAAAACAUGUUGCGCCACACUUUCCUAACUUUACUUCUGGUAUUAGCCAGUGGUAGUUUGAGUUUAUCUCAGACAUCCCCCACCACAACUACAACUACUACAACCACCACCCCUGCAGCACCGACUACCACCACCCCUGCAGCCCCGACUACCACUACGGCAGCACCCACCACUGCCAAGACCACCACCACAACAGCUGCACCUACCACAGCCGCUCCUACCACAGCCGCACCUACAACAGCUGCACCUACCACAGCCGCUCCUACCACAGCCGCUGGCAAUGCCACCACCGUCGCCCCGACUACCCCUCCCACGACCACCGUCGCCCCGACUACCCCUGCCAAUACCACCGUCGUACCUACGACUCACCCGACCGCCCCGAACACCACCAUCCCAGCAAAUACCACCGUCCCUGCACCCACCACACCCACCCCUCCCAUGCCCAACCCAGAGACGGGCAACUACACCCUGCAGACCGGCAACUCAUCCUGCCUCAUGGCCCGGAUGGGCCUGCAAGUCAGCUACAAGCAAGGAAGCCAGCCUGUCCAGAGUGUCAACUUGGAUCCCAAGAAGGCCAAAGUAACUGGGGGGUGUGGGAAGGAGGGCAACAGCUCCACCCUUGAGCUGGAAACUGACGAAGUCACCAUGACCUUUACUUUCGCCAAUGCGUCAAACAAAUUCCACCUGAGCGCUUUCAAUGUCAUUGUGAAAACUCCAAGUGGCGAAUUCAAAGAUGGGAACGACACCCUGAGCCUGUGGCUGGCGUCCCUGGGUAGCUCCUACAUGUGCAGGAAGGAGCAGGAUGACAUGAUCUCGAACGCCGUCACCCUGCACACUUUUGACCUGCAGGUGCAGCCUUUCGCCGUGGAGGAGGACAAGUUCAGCACAGCGGAGGACUGCCUUGCUGACGGGGAAAGCUACAUUGUCCCUAUAGCAGUGGGAGCCGCCCUGGCUGUCCUUAUUGUUAUAGUCUUGGUGGCUUAUUUCAUUGGGAGGAAGAAAAGCCAGUCAAGUGGCUACGAGUCUUUCUAAAAGUCUCCUUCAGCUACUACUUGCUACUACUUGCCUACUUGCUACUGCUACUCCGUAUCCAGACCAUUGGGAUAAAAGAAACAAAAAAAAGAUGUUAACGCACAAUUCUGAUUUAAAAAGAGAUAAAAAAAAAAAGAAAUGACCAUUGUCUGGGCUUGAAAGAUCAUGUCGGUUGCAGUUAUUAAGAUGAUUCUUUCUCAGUAGAAUCAGCCUAUUUGCUCACAGCAAUGUGUUGGAAUGUGAUUUGAAUAUUGCAGAGCCACCGUUAUGCCCCCCUUCCCCCCCUCCGCUUAACAUGCAAAUAUAAGCCUGCUUAUGAAGAGUUUAAAAAUGCAGCAAAAAAACCCUAAACUUGCUUACACCGAGAUUUACUUGUAUUAAUACCUGAUUGCGUCAACGCUGGCCUCCCACUGAAAUCGACAUCUCAAAUCGUACUUUUUCUGAUGCAAGGAGCGUACACAUCAAGCGUAAUGAUGUAUUUUCUCUUGAUCUCUGCCUCCCUCCUUCCCUGCCUUCCUCCCUCCUUUUUCUUUUUCUUUCUUUUCUGCCUCCCCUUCCUGAUGUAACUCUCUCUCUCUCUUUAAAAAAAUUGUCUCAGUCCAGCAAUCGCUCACCUCCGCCUUUCUCUCUCUCUUCCCCCGCCUACGGCAGCUGUGGAGUGCUUCUUGGACUCUGACUUGAGCUUUCUUGUGCCCAUUGCUGUGGGCACGGCACUCAGCUUCCUAAUCAUCCUUGUGCUUAUCUCUUACCUCAUUGGCCGGAGGAAGAGUCGCACUGGCUACCAGUCUGUCUGAUUGGCUCAUUGGCACACAACACUUCUAACUGCCUCCCACUCCCGCCUUCCCCCCCCUCCCCUCUCUCUCUCUACAACAGCAUCUCUAACACAAACCUCCGUCCUUCCCCACUUCCCCCAUCUGUUCCCCCGCCCCACUACCAAAUGACACUCUCACUUUCUCUGCCAUUUUUUGGUCUGCUGCACCUAACUGACAUAAGAGUUGUCUCACCCUAGUUUUAUUUCCUUUGUGUAGUUUUCAAUACUAAACAGUGCCGGAUCUUAAAGGGAUACUAAGCAACAUUUGCGAGGCUUGCUAAAUCUUCUUCCAAAGUCAGCAGAUGGUUAAAUGACAUCCUUACAUGGCAAAUGAAUGCCCUCUCUGUUAGAUGGCUUGUGCCAGAUCGACAUCCCAUGGGCUGGUGGGCUGAGCAAGUCUCGGCUAAUGAGUAUUUGGCAGUAAGCGUUCAAUCUCACAUUUCAAAAAAAUUAAAAAAAACGCCUUCAGUCAAAAGCUGCCUAGUGUCCCUUUAAGCUUUUUCAAGAUGAACAUGAAGUGUUGAAAUGUAUUAAAACAGCCAAGUCAGACUAUUUCAAAAUGUGGCUGCAUUAUUUUAGUGUUAACCAAAAACAAAAAGAACGCUGAAAAUAUCGUAAAGCUCACUUUCUCCGAAUCGGUAUCCAUUCUAACUGGUGGUUUCAUGUGAACCUGGGAACUCAAAAUCCCUACUGAAGAAAGUUAGAUUUGGGGAGGGUCUGGCCUAUAUGAACGUCCUGUGGCUCUUUUUUUUUUCUUCCAAUGUCCAACCGGUCUAAACCUGGGAUUGGACUUCAAAUCGUGAGCUGCAGAGCUUUGGGCCCGCCUGACGUAACCAGCAUAAGGGAGAUUUGAUGGCCAGUCUUGAAAGCAGCUCAUUGAAGAAUUCAAUUCAAUAUACAUUCCUUUUACACACACAUUCUUCAACGUUCAGUUUGAUGUAAAUACUGGGUUUGAAAGUGAUAGCGAGGAAGACUGAGAGUACCCUCCGUCUUGUCUUAGAUUUAAUAUGUAAUUUGGCUUUUGAAAAGGAUGAAUUCUUGAAAGGGUUGAUUCGUAACUGCUCCCAGGUUUUAAGAAACCACCCAGUGGAUUUGUAAUGCAUGAGAAAUGCGUCUGCUGAAUGGCUCUCCUAUAGAUCAGCUGCGUUAAUGCUCUUGUCAUUUUUUUUUUUUUUUUAUUUGUUGGCUGUAGCUAUAACAUGUGUAAAUGAUUUUGGUUGUGUUGUAUAUCCAGUUAUUGAGUAAGAUUACCUAAUUAUUAUGAUUAAUUCCAUGACUUAAGCGGAUUUCUAAAAGCCCUUGAAUGUAUGUUCUGCACAUGUUGAAACUUUUCAGAAACUCUUAAAAAUGUGGAUUGAUCACGUGAUUGUUUAUUUUAAAUUAAUUUUUUACCGUGUUCCAUAUAACCAUAUUAAUUCACAUGUCAUCUCCUUUUGCACUUAAUACCAGAAGCUGUUUAAAAAGGGACACUAAUCAAAAACUGACACUUUACUAGUUAAUGUUUUUAAAUUUAAUGGAAGACAGGCCGUUAAGAUUUGGGCUGUGACUGAUUGCCCUGAAUGCUCUCUCUUUCUCUCUCUCUCUCUCGAAGGGAGGUAGUUACACUUAACUUGACGCCGGUGUCAUACAUAUGACAAGUGUCAUCAUAGUGUCAAAACAGUGUCAUGACACAGUCAUAGACGAGUCAUAAACCUGUCAAUGUCAAAAACGUUUCUGGUCAUGAAAAGUUGACAAUGUUAGGGAUGUAUUUACCAUAGCCGAUUCUCACUUAAUGACAGUCAUAAAAUGUUUGACAUUGACAUAAUGUUUAUGACUCAUGCAUGACUGCGUUAUGACACUGUUAUGUCAUACGUGUGAUGCCGCCGGGGAAGUGUUAGCGUUUUGCCUCAGCGGGGACUUGCUGUCUGUAAGACUGUUUACAUAUCCUUGCUUUCAUGUGAUGGCACUCGUCUUGACACAUGACGAGAUUACACCAAUAUCUUCCACCAAGUUUUAAGGGAUACGUAAGUGAGGCCAAUAAACAUCUCUCUUGUCUCUCCUGUGCUCAGAGCAGGCCGACGCUGUGUUUCUCGAAAGCAUAGUUGCUAGCCAGUUAGCCAAUGGGAAAUUGCAUUAGCUACCAAAGUAGCUAAUUAAGUUAGCAACUAUGGUUUCCAGAAAUGCACCCCAAAUCAACUGCAGGUGUCACGUUUGUACCCAUGGAAAGAUUUCUGUAAAACAGCAACAAAACAGUGAGAUCAAUAUUUUUCCAGUCACAGAAUGGGUACUUAUAUUCUCUGUUGUGCCUUUUUUUGUUGCACUCCCUUUUGUUUUGUUUUUUGUUUGUUUAUUUUUUUCUCCAUCUCAACGUUUGUCUCAAUCAGUUUUGACGAAUGUCCAGUACAAGUUCUCCUGUACCAUGAUGGGAAAAUUGAAAUAAAAUGGCUUCCCUAUUUUGUAAA